GUCCUAUAAAUACUUAUAGGGGUCACAAAUUAGAGAGCAAACGCAGUUUUUCUUCAACCUCGAUGCUACCAGGAACAUAAUUAUAAAAUGAAUUUCAUUUUGACAGUGAUGCUGAUUGCUGCAAGCGCAUCAGCAAUAACAGUUGAGAAACGGGAGAAAAUAAGUUCAAUUUAUUCAAAGAAACACGGAAAGAGAGGAGCUUUUAGUGUUGAAUACGGUUAUCCCUCACAAGAGCCAGCACCAAUUUAUGAGGCACCAAAUCAACAAAUUCCAGUUGGAUAUGAUUAUUCACAUCCUUCUCCAAUUUUACCACAGCAUCCUGAACCAAUACAACCACCAGUUGCAGUUCAACCAGUCGGAGUGCCAGUAGCUCAUCCAGUUCCGGUACCUCAACCAGUGCCAGUACCGCAACCAGUAGCAGUGCCUCAUCCAGUACCACAUCCAUUUGCAGUGCCAGUAAUUCAUACAGUAAUAAAACAUGUACCAGUUGAUCGACCAAUAUCAGUGCCAGUAGACAGGCCAGUACCAUUUCCUGUUGAUAGGCCAGUAGCGGUGCCAGUUGAUAGACCAGUACCUGUGCCAGUGGAUCGUCCAAUUCCAGUGCCAGUUCCAAAACCAUAUCCAGUACAUAUUGAAAAAAUUGUUCACGUACCAAUUGAAAAAACUGUCCACGUCGAUAGACCCUAUGCUGUUCCAGUUGCUGUUCCUAAACCAUAUCCAGUUGAAAAAUAUGUCCAUGUCGAUAGACCAUAUCCAGUUCAUGUGGCUGUGCCAGUACACGUGCCAAAACCAUAUCCAGUGCCAGUGGCAAUACACACUCAAUAUAAACCAUUUCAUGGAUGGUAAAAAAAAAAAAAAAAAAAAAAAAAAAAAAAAUUAGAGAAUCCUGCACUUUUAAUAAAAUUUUUAAAAGGACGAAAUUUCAUUUGACCGAAAUUAUAAAUCAUUUUGGCGCGAUUUUUAAAAUUAUCCAAUUAUUGUCAAUUUAAAAAAAAAACGUCCCAAAAUCUUUUGUCUCAUUAUUUUUUCAAUCAAAUAAAAUUCGAAGAAACAAAAUGGAAAUUCUAUUACCAAAUUUCGAAUCGCUUCAAAUUCUUUUGAAUGAAAAUUCGGCUAAAUUGAAAAGUUAAUUAAAUUAGUUAAUUGAAUUAGUUAAAUUAGUGUAUUGAGUUAAUUAUUUUUUUUGUUUAAAUUUGAAUGAAGAGAAAUUCUGAAAAAUGAAAAUUCUAACAUAUGUAAUGAAUUUUAAUGAAAUAUAAAAAAAUUGGAAUCACACAUAUCACACGUGUAGUGAUAAUAUAUAUAUUAUUUUAUGCUUUAAAAGUUGUAGCACCUUCGCAUUGAUUUAAUUCUUGGUAUAGUCCUUGGUGAAUACUUCAUAAUAUAAUUCUUAAAUUGCACAUACAAUAGCAUUGACACUGAGAGUUCGAAUUUACAAAUAUAUUAGCGCGAAAGAUGAA